AUGGCCACGCCGCGCUACUCGUCGCCGGCCGAGAGCGCCUCCGCAUCGAGGGUCUCGCUGGCAUCUGCUGGAGCGGAGUCGCACGCUGGCACGGUGCGGGCAGGGCGGGCAAGCACGCAGGAUGGACGAGACGCCGCAGUGAAGAACCCUUACGACAUCUCGACGGUCCUCGCGGAGCCACAGGCCCCGUCGAGCUUGCUGCCAGCACUGCCGACACUCCCAUCUGCCAGCUCGUACCUCCCCUCGCAACUCUCGUCGCUCUCGACGACGUUCACCUCGGCCGGCACUCUCCCUCGCUCUGCGACGCCUGGGGGAAAGUCCGUUGCGCAGCGUCGGUCGCAGGCUCCGCCGAUCCAGGUCACAGAACUCAGAAAGGUCCAGCGGACCGAGUUCGAUGCGUAUCUGAAGGAGAUUGGCGGCGAGUUUGAGCGGUGGCAGAAGGAGAGUAGGCUUGGCAGGGACGGAGAGGCCGACUUGGGCGAAGAGGGAAGCGUUGAUGUGCGGCAUGAGGAUGGUGUCGGACUAGGUAUCGGCGGCGAGGCUGAGAGUAGCCGGACGCCCGGCCUUCCGCCUGCACCGCGCCCGAAAAAGGCGGAAGAGGUCCUCCCUUCGCUCGACGAGGUCCCUCAGAUCUUCUUCGACUCGUCUUUCACCCUCUCGAAUCCGCGCACAUUCGACCUCGUUACUGAGCGCAUCCAGCUCUCUCCCCAUCCCUCGCCUGAUCCGUCAAAACCGCCUCCUCGACUCGCUUCAGCAGACUCGACGCCGACACUAUCCGCAGGCUCGGCAUUCGAUUCUGUCCCCGGUCUCGGCCCGCAUACCCUCAACGACCUCGCAGCCGACCAAGUCCUGCAGGAGAAGCUCUCGCACUACACGGCUGUGAUCGAGUCCCACCUUGUUCGCGAGAUCGGCCUCCGGUCGUCCUCCUUCUUCGCCGCGCUCUCCAACCUUCAGUCACUCCACCAGCAAGGCGAGGACGCCCUGUCGAAAAUUGCGGAACUCCAGGCCGCGUUGUCGGCUACGGAAGGCGGAGUUGGCGGAACUGCCAAGCACGGCUUGCAGAUCCUGCGAGCGCAAGCUCGGCGACGGGGGCUGGAGCGAAUAGAGGAGAGCGUCAGGGCUGUCGAGGAGGUCUGGAGUGCGGUCGAGGGCGUCAAGGAGCUGGUCGAGCACGGCGAGUGGGAUGGGGCGCUCGACGUUAGUGAACAGAUUGAGGAUGCGUACUACAGCUCGGCGUCAUCCUCAACUUCCGACAAGACGGCGUCCACCUCAGCGCUGAGCACGAGGAACGGCGCGAAGUCAUCGAACCGCCGACCGCUCAACCUGACGAAACUCCGUGCCCUCUCGUCUCUCCCCUCAAAACUCUCUCUUCUCCGCGCCCAGAUCGCCAAGUCGCUCGAAGGCGAGCUCACCACCGUCCUCGAGCACGAGAUGGACGUCGCGAUUGACGAGCACGUUAAGCUCGCGAAGGAGGGCAAGAGGUGGAAGGGCAAGCAGAAGGCGGUUGAGACGGCGGCGGAGACGAAUGGCCGCGCGCUGCAGGAUGUGCCGGAGGAAGAUGGCGAAGAAGCGGAUGGUAGGCAGGACUCGCCAGAAGCAGGUGCGCGAGAACGCGCGGUCGAGCGUGUCAGGCCGGUCAUGCGGGCGCUCAUCCGGUCAGACGGCAUGGAUAGCGCAGUGACGGCGUGGCGAGAGUCGGUGCUGCGGGAGAUCAGGGCCCUUGUGCGAGAGCACCUUCCGACCGCCGAGACGCCGACAGCGGAGGAGGAGGACCAGUUCGCGCAGGCCGCGAUACGAUCCGUCAGCAAGCAGAGCAUCGACUUAGGCACCAUUUCGGAGAAGAGUCUCUCGCUGGCGAAGAAGCUCCGCGCGCUGCCUCAUCCCGCCUUCCUCGCCCUCGCUCGCGAGACCUACCGCGGAUUACUCGCCUGUAUCGAAGUCGUCGAUUUGCAAGCGCGUCUCCUGCUCGAGCUGUGGCAGGUCGGACGUCAGGAGGAGCAGCAGCGACGGUCGAAGCGGCGGCGACUGGGCGACCCGCCGACAAGUGACCCCAUACCGCCCACAUCCCCGACGUCGCUGCAAGUCCCGGGCGCCGAAGGGGAAGCAGUCCAACCUCAAGAAUCACCCGUCAACGACGCCUCCUCAGUCACGACCGACGACGCUUCGUCCCUCUCAACCGAGAUCUCGGACGUCGUCCACGCUGUCGCCGAACUCGCGAACGUGCGCUUCAGCAAGGUCAUCGGCGUCCGCACCGAAGUCCACGCUCAGCUCCCGCUCGCCGACUUUGUCGAGAUCUUCGACCUCACAUGGCAGUUCGUCGUGGACUGCGAGACUGUCUGUCAGCGGAUGAUCGUCGGUUUGCGAGGCGCGAUGGUCUCGCAGGCCAAGACAUUUCUGCAGACAUUUCACCAGCGGCAGAUCACCGACAACGCGCGCGUGGUCGAGGAGGAGCAGUGGGCUGCGGCGGAGGUGCCUGCCCGGGUUCAAAAGCAGAUCGCCGUCAUCGUUGACAGCGCUGUGCGGGAUCCGGUCCAGCUCCUCCUGCGCAGGCAGCCCGAUGCGCUGAACGGGAGCGCGGCCGUCGACGCGCCGUUGGAGCAGGCUCGCGAGGGCGACAGCGAGGCUUCGGGCCCUGUGUCCGCGAAGCAGGUCGACAUCGAAGGACGACAGUUCUUCGCGGUAUCGGCCGGCCUGACGAUUAUCGGCGUCCUCGUCGAGUACCUCAAGGUGCUGCUCAAUUGCCCGAUGCUCACGACGGACGCCAUGAGCAAGAUCAUCGAAUUCAUGAAGGUCUUCAACUCCCGCACCUGUCAGGUCGUUCUCGGCGCCGGUGCGAUGCGCUCGGCGGGCUUGAAGAACAUCACCGCCAAGCAUCUCGCCCUCGCCUCGCAAGCGCUUUCGAUCAUGAUUGCCCUCAUCCCGUACAUCCGCGAAUGCGUCCGCCGACACCUCAACCCGAAGCAGGCCGUCAUGCUCACCGAGUUCGACAAGCUCAAGCGCGACUACCAGGAGCACCAAUACGAGAUUCACGCCAAGCUCGUCGCCAUCAUGAGCGACCGCCUCGAAGUCCACUCUCGCACGCUCUUCGGCAUCAACUGGGAGGAAUCGGCGCCCAAGGCCGACGCUCCGAACGCCUACAUGGAAGGGCUCGUCAAGGAGCACAUCACGCUUCACAAGGUCCUUUCGCGUUUCCUCCAGCCCGAGACGGUCCAGCAGAUCAUGUCGCAGGUCUUCAAAGCGCUUGACUCGAGACUCGGCGAGCUUUACGGCCGCGUUGAACUGAGAAGUCAGCAGGCGAAGGACAGGAUGUUCCUCGACGUGCGGUACCUGCGCGAGAAGCUGGGCGACCUAGGCGGUCUAGAGGGUCAGGGGCCGGCGAAGGAGCUUGAAGCCCUCGUCAACGCCAAGGCGCUGCCCAAACCGCCUCUGUCCACCCCGAAGCCGUCCUUGCCACCUCGAACGUCGUCGAUGGCUCCAUUCGCCGCCUCCAUGCCCGUCUCGGCACCUUCCGACGCUACCGAUUCACCCGCUUCGUCGACGCCGCAUCUUCCCUACGCCUCUGUCUCUGCAUCUGCAUCUGCCGCGUCUCUUUCCCUCCACGACACUCGCUCGCCGCGCACGUCUCUCGAUGGAACCGCCACGCCCGCCUCAUCCGUGCCGUACCCGCCCUCGCCUGCGCCAGUUCCUGCCGCCCUCCCUCCCUCGCCCAAACCCGCCACCCCUGCCCCCUACGUCUCGAAGAAGAAGAAGAGCUUGGCGGAACGGCUUGCGGAAAGCAUGGGUCGGAAGGCAACACCUUCGCCCGCCGCUCCGGCUUCGGACGCUCCAGCCGCGACAACUUCUGCUGCGCCGAGGCAGUCGAGCGAGUCUGCAGCGUCUGAGGCUCAUCCUAGCGCGGAGUCGCACGAUGUGCGGCCUCUCCCGCAGCGAACCUCGACGGAAGGCGAGAUUGGCGUCGACACACCCUCUAUCGAGUGGCAACUCGAGCUCGAGAACGUCGAGGUACCCUUGGCGACAUCCGGAAAGGAGGAACUGGAGGAUGUUGUCAAGGCUGUCGAGGAGGAGUUGAAAGAGGAGAAGGCGGAGGAGGUUGCCGAGGAGAAGCUGCAGGAGACCGAGCCGGAUGAGGCGAAGCUGGAAGAGGCGGAACCGGAAGAGGCUGAAGCUGAAGGUGCGGCGGCGACUUCCGAUGCUGAAGCGUCGAUCGACUCCAUCGCCACGCCUGAGCCAGUCAAAGCCGAGCCUGCGCCAGAGAAGUUGGCAGUCGCCGUUGAGGAGGUUGUCAAAGCCACCGGCCCUCCCGCCUCUCACGCGCCACUCUCGCUCGAUCUCGUCGACACCGAUUCUUCCGCCACGCCCGACACGUCGACCGAUCAGCCGGACGGGCCAGCUAGCGGUGCCGUCGAAGAGGCGCCUGUGCUUCCUGCGGACCACGCGCCAGAACCGUCCGCCGAUGGGGACGGGGAGGCCGGUGAGCAGGAGACGGCAUCGUCGCCGCAGGGUAUCGACAUAUCCGCCGAGCCAUUCGAGGCGCACGUUGCGGCACCUGAAGUGCCGGAAAUUGCGCCGGCCGCGACCAACACCGUCGACGAACCAGCUCCAGCGGAACCUUUGGCUUCGCAAGCCGAUCAGACGCUUUCCGCACCUUCGCCGACCAAUGCCGAGUCCAGGGAUCCCUCAAUCGACGAAGCACAGCCGGAGCAAGCCGCUGCCGAAGCGGGAUCGUCGAACGAGCCAGCCGCAGCUUCGCAAACUCCCGCCGACACGCCUACAGUACCCGCUGUCGAUAUUGCACCACGCCCCCCUCCCUCAGAGUCUCCCGUUCCGCCAAUCACCACGCCGCCUCCCGUCCCGACGCCGACGAAGAGGAAGUCCCUCAAGGAACGACUUGAGGAGGCAGCUCGACGAAGGAGCUCGACUGGAUCGCUGGUCGACGUGACGAGCCCACCAGCAUCAAUCAAGUCGCCCCCUCCGACUCAAAAAUCGUUCUCGUCGGAAGUGGCGAACGGGUCGAGCGCUAAGGCGAACGGCGUGCAGGAAGAAGAGUCGACUGCGAAGCAAAAUGCGGUCGCGGCUGCAGAUGACGUGAAGAAGGAUGAGGCUGGGUCUUCUUCCCUGCAGUCUGCGGAGCGGGAAGGAGCAGAGAAUGGCGCAGUCGUCGACGUGAAGACGGAGGAAGAGGGGAAUUUCUUGUAG